GUUUUAGCCUCUUGCUACCACAGCCCCCUUCUUCUUUCUAAUCUCAAAAUCCAAAACCCUCACUCACACCACUAACCCAGUUCACCUCACUCUGCUCAUGACCAAACCCAUCUCUCCAAUCUUGUUUUUCAUCACACCCAUCUCUUCAAAUUCAUUUAUGAACAAACCCAUCUCUUCAAUUUGGUUUCUUUCAUCUCAAAACCCCUGACCCACAAACUGGAGGGUCUCAUCUGAACCAUCCAUGGCGAAAUUCUCAGAGCAUGUUAUCUCAGUGAGCAAGUUCAUUCAAGAAAACACCCAUCUUGAAAAGACCCGACUGUUACAGAAGCGGGUUCGGAUCAUCCUCACAGACCCGGACGCCACGGACUCCGACAGCGACGACGAUGAGAGGUCGAGCUCCGCCGUGCGGAGAGUGAAACGACAUGUAAAGGAGAUCAGCUUCGAGCCGGCUUCCUCCUCUUUUAAGCUGCCGAAGAGAGAAAUACCCGAGACCCGACCCGAUCCGAAGUCACCGGAUUCGGAUCCGGCCCGGAAGAAGCAUUUCCGGGGUGUACGGCAGAGGCCAUGGGGUCGCUGGGCCGCGGAGAUCCGUGACCCGGUUCAACGGAAGCGGCUCUGGCUCGGGACUUUCAACACCGCCGAGGAAGCUGCCAUUAUAUACGACAGAGCCGCCGUGAAGCUCAGAGGUCCUGACGCCGUCACCAACUUUCCUAACUCCGUUACAACGGAGGUGGAGACCGUUGUUGCUGAGGAGGUCCCCACCGCGCAUGAAGAGGAAGGAAGCUUCGGCUCGACCGCCACGUGUGACUCGCUUUCCAAUGAAGAACCGGCGUUAUCUCCCACUUCAGUACUCCGUUACGACGACCCCGCCCCCUUUGGCGGGUUCCGUUACUGCGGUGACGUCCACGACUUCGGGUUUGAAUACGACGUGCCGUCGCUGAACCUGCCGGACAUAAUGGUCCCGGCGAACAACAACUUCAAUCACGACGAGUUCGGCGAGUUUGACGUCAACGACUUCCUAGUCGACGUCAUCUCCUAAAUCCAGUGCAUCCCACGUGUCCUUUCCUGCCAAGAUACGUGGGCGUCAGGGAGUGUUCCGUAAUUUUGUUACUGUGUAGUGUGACGUGUAAGUGUUGAACUAGGAAGGGAAGCCGAGUGUGAUCAAAUUCCGAAAAUGCCCCGAGUGUUCUUGGUUCAACAACGGAGUGUGAUU